AUGCCUCUUAUAUCUCAAGUGAAUCAAACCAAGCCGACUGUUCGUCUGGCCUCUGUUCUUCCUGCGAAUGUAUCGACUGCUGUAAAUGAUCAGAGUUCUUCAUCUGGGUUAGGCUAUCAUGUUCCUAUUGAAUCUGUUAUUGAUCGAAACACACAGAGAGUGCUUAUGAAUCCUCCACCUUCUCUAAUCCCCCAAUCCAUUCCUUUGGAAAUUCUUGAAUCCUCGAUGGAUCGAAAUCUGAACAAAUCGCAAAUCCCUGCUUCUGAUAAAGAUACUCAGAUUCCAAUAGUCAUUUCGAAUUCUCAAAAUCCUUCAGUUAAAUCAGAACAGUACACUGAGUUUUCUGCAAAUAAUAUUCUGCCAUCCAUUGGAAGACUGAUAUUGCAACAAGAUUUAUAUGGCUUUCCCUAUGCCAGAUUGAAGAGUUUGAUAUGUGAUCAAAGAGAAGAAUCAAGAGUAGUUCUUCAGUUUCUGUUGGCUGCUCCUUUUCCAAUCUGCUUGGACUAUCUUCUGGACUUCUUUUGUGAGCUUUUGAGUUUGGAUGAUCAGCAUGGUUUAUCAGAUUCUCUGAUUUUGGUGGAGUCUGAUUCUCAAAUUCUAGUUCAUAUGGUGAAAGGUCUGGCUGCUAUUCCAUGGCAGUUGCAAGAUCUGUUAAAGAGGAUUAAACUGUUAUUUGGAAUGAUGAAUUUGCAGAUUUCACACAUUUACAGAGAAGCUAAUGGAUUGGCUGAUUUUUUAGCUUCUUUUGCUGUUCAUUCAAAAACAUAUACUGAAUUCUCUGGCAGUAAUGUAUUGCCAGUGGCUGGAAGGUUAAUUCUGCAGCAAGACCAGACUGGUUUACCUAGUAAGAAAGUUGUCAAACAGAUUCUCUAUCAGAAUUUGCAAGUCCCAAUAUCAGUUGGGGUCCUCUCUCAUCCUGUUUCUUCUGUGCAUAUUGGUUGCCCUCAGUUGGAAUUUGUGAGGAGUUUCAGCUGCUGGAGGAUGAAUGAAAGUUGGCAGACUGUUGGAGUUCUGGAUGGGAAUUUUUUUCCUGUUCAAAAACUUGGAAUUUUUGCAGUUCCUAAUGCUGAUCUGGAAGAGGAUGUUUACCAGAAAAAGAAGACU